GUAUAACGCUUUAUACUGAAAAUUCACUUCGCUUUCUUUCACGCUAGAAAAUGAUCCAAUUAUGAUGAUUACAAUUAUUUCAAUAUUAUAACUUUUAAAACCUGAAAAAAAGAACAAUUCUAUAAAAAUAAUUGUCUCUAAGAUAUCUAUAGCAAGAGAGAGCAAAUUUCUCUUGAAUGAAUAUAGUCCCGUUUCUGACAGAGUACAAGAUGAACUUUAUUGGAGCACGAUACUAUAAGAUCAACAAGUUGCUUCUGUGUAUUCUUGGAUUGUGGCCAUAUCAGAUAACAAAGCGCAUACAAAUUCAACCUAUAUUAUUUUAUAGUAUAUACAUCUCUUUUCUAUUUGCAGAGUUGUGUUCAUUCUUUAUUUUAAAGUGUGAUUUAAUUGUGGUCCUUAAAAUUUUGUCUCAUCUCUUCCCUACUAUUCUAGAAUUGAUGGAAUACAAUUCUUUUUAUACAAAUGCUAAAAACAUUAAAUUACUAUUGGAUAAAAUACAAAAUGAUUGGAACGCUUUAGAUGAUAAAAAGGAAAUAGAAAUAAUCGAAAAAUACACUUAUAGAAUGCAUAUUUUUACGUCUAUUGUUACACUACUUUCUUGUAUCACAAUAAUCAUCUUUUACUUUAUUGAGUUAUGGCCUAUUAUACUCGAUAACGUUUUGCCAUUGAAUAAAUCUCGACCACGCAAUACCUUUGUGCUUACGGAAUAUUUUGUUGAUCGUGAAAAAUAUUUUAUUCCUAUAAUGUUACAUGAAAUGAUGCUAGUUACCACAGGACUCUUCACAAUUAUUGCUACCGGAACAACACUUAUGGCUUAUACGCAACAUUCUUGUGGGAUGCUGAAGAUUGUCAGCUUUCGCAUAGCACAUUUAUUAGACAAGAAUAUAUCGCAACGUUCCAGCCUUCAAAUAGAUCGUAUAAUCUGCAAUAAAAUAGCACAUGCCGUAGAUUUGCAUAGAAAAAUUGCAAAUUUCUUGGAUACACUUGUUUCAACUUUUGUGGUACAAUUUACUAUUUUAACUUUCAUCGGUGUUGUUUCCAUGAGUAUUAAUUUAUAUCGUUUUCUUCUACCGUCCACGUUGCAAAGCGAGACAGAAUUGUUGGCAUCUAUUACACUCAUAGUUGUUCACUACUUUUAUAUGUUUAUGGCUAAUUAUGUUGGGCAAUUAAUCAUCGAUCAUAGUGAAGACGUUUUUAGAACAACAUGUAAUGUAUUGUGGUACGUUGUACCAAAAUCAUCGCAAAAGAUGCUAUUGUUUUUAAUGCAUAGAACGAUGAAAAAUUUGAAGAUAUGUGGUGGUUUCAAUGCAAUAACGGCAUCGUACGAAGCUUUUGCCACGCUUUCCACCACAUCGUUGUCUUACUUCACAGUACUUUAUUCUUUACAAUAACGAUGUAACAUUGUUGAGAUACUUAUUCAUCAUGCUAAUGCAACAUGCUCAUGCAGUGUUACAAGAGAAAUUCAAUAGUAGUAUGCAUUGAAAAUUACGGAGGUAUGAAAUUAUGAAUAAUAUUAUAGCUCAUAUAUGAUCUGUAAUUGUUUACAGCACUUCAAGCAUCGUUUUGUUAAUCCUUUUAUUAGCAAUUUUGUAAAGCAUCACGAUUAAAAUUAUAUGAUAAAAUACUAUAGCUUUAAUUCUAAAAAACAAAAAUGAAUAUUUUACUUGCGUACAUGUCUUUUUUCUAUACACUAUGUAAUUUUACAUCUCUAUGUUACAUUUAAAAAUAAUGACAUUAUGAAGCAGGAAUUAUCAAGUAUCUCUAAAAUUGAAUCAUAAAUUUUAAUGGAUUUCACACACAAUAAUUUCAAAAUAAUAUUGAAAUAAACACACAAAUUCUCUUACAUUUAUAUACUUACUGAAAUCUAUUGCUAUUAAAAGUAAUACUUUAAUGAAAAUCUAUAAUAUUCCUUAUAUCAUAAUAUCUUUUUAUAUGCAAAGUAAUUUAUUCUGUACUGGCUUUUGCAUAAUUCAAUAAAAUAUAUACGUAUAAUACAUGUAAUCACUCAAAAUAAAAUACUGCUUUUUAAAAACUACGUAUCUUGUGUUUUACACUAAAUGCUAUUCUUGAACGUUUCGAAAUAGAAAUUGUUUGUCCGCUGAAGUGACAUUGUGAACUGCGCUCUAACCGAGUCAUAUCGAACUGCGCAGACCCGAACCACGAGAACAAAUUGAAGUACAUAUUUUCUUCUCUUAAUAUCAACAAUUGCUGCGCAAAAUAGUCGUUCUUAGCAGAUCAUGAUAGCACUUAUAGAUUAAUUGACUAUAGAAAAUUUUAUUUUUUAAAACUAACACAUGUAGCAAAAAUGCUAUAUUUUAUAUAUAGAAGAUUUUUGUAAUUGUAAAAAAUAUUAAUUUUAUUCUU